UGUUAGUGAGGAAGUAUAGAUUAUAAAUCUUUGCCUCUCCCACAAGGCACUUUGUGUUCUAGUGCUUCAUCUUGUUCAUCUCGCAGAAUCCUCGCCGUCUUCUCCACUGCAAAAUCACGUCUUCGAUCGUUCGAUCCUGAUUCUCUCUCCAUUUCUCCACCAUGGUGCUCGAGGCGACUAUGAUCUGCAUCGAUAAUUCGGAGUGGAUGCGCAAUGGCGAUUACUCACCUAACAGAUUUCAAGCUCUUUCUGACGCUGUAAAUCUCAUUUGCGGCGCUAAGACCCAGUCGAAUCCGGAAAAUACUGUCGGAAUUCUGACCAUGGCUGGAAAAGGUGUACGUGUUUUGGUCACGCCCACUAGUGACCUUGGAAAGAUAUUGGCUUGUAUGCAUGGGUUGGAAGUAGGCGGUGAAAUGAACUUGGCAGCUGGAAUCCAGAUUGCUCAGUUGGCUCUUAAACAUCGUCAAAACAAAAAACAGCAACAAAGAAUUAUUGUAUUUGCUGGAAGCCCCGUUAAAUAUGAAAAGAAAGUGUUGGAGAUGAUUGGGAGGAAGUUGAAAAAGAACAGCGUGGCACUUGAUGUUGUUGAUUUUGGUGAAGAUGGGGAAGGCAAGUCAGAGAAACUUGAGGCCUUAGUUACUGCAGUAAAUAAUAAUGAAACCAGCCAUAUUGUCCAUGUGCCACCAGGUGCCAGUGCCCUGUCUGAUGUGCUCAUUAGUACUCCCAUAUUUACUGGAGAUGGGGAAGGAGGAAGUGGGUUUGCUGCUGCUGCUGCAGCAGCUGCAGCUGGUGGUGUUUCUGGAUUUGAUUUUGGUGUGGAUCCAAAUUUGGAUCCUGAGCUUGCUCUUGCUCUCAGAGUCUCAAUGGAAGAAGAGAGGGCAAGGCAAGAAGCAGCUGCAAAAAGGGCUGCUGAAGAAGCAGCUGGACAAGGAGGGGAGCAAACCUCGCAAGACACAACUAUGGGGGAAAGCAGCCAUGCUGCAAGCUCAGAAGCUGAUAAGAAAAAUGACAUGACAGAGGACGAUGAGAAUGCCCUGCUGCAGCAGGCACUGGCAAUGUCAAUGGAUGAACCUGCCUCUACUACGACUGUGCGGGAUACAGAUAUGUCGGAAGCAGCUGUUGAAGAUCAGGACUUGCAACUAGCUCUUCAGCUUUCUGUGGAGGAAGGCGCAAAAGAGUCAACAAGUCAGUCAGGUCAGACAGAUAUGAGUAACUUGUUGGCAGAUCAGUCCUUUGUUUCGUCAAUAAUUGCUUCGCUUCCUGGAGUUGACCCAAAUGACCCUUCAGUGAAAGAUUUGCUGGCUUCCAUGCACAGUCAGUCUGAGAAGAAGGAUGAAGAAAAGCCACCAAGUGAGGAGGAGAAGAAAUGAUCAAUCACAACUUUGUCCAGUCGCAGGUCUUUAUAUUGCUCUUGCCUAGUACUCCUAUGUUACAAUCACAGUGGUGGUAGACUAGCUUGUAAUCUGGCUUUGAUAUAAUGGUGACUUUGUAUUUUUCACUUGGGAAGGGAAGGUCGCGGUCUUAAUGUUGGCAUAGACAUGAAGAGUUGAUCCGUCUUGACAACGUGUAGUCCCAUGGACAGCUAUUUUAGCACUGAGACAAUGUGCAUUUCUCAUUGAUAAUGUAUUGUUAAAAGGAAUCGGACCUCCUGAAUUAGUUUUA